AUGGGUGAUACUCGAACAGAUGCAGCAACACCAGCCGAAGUAUUACCACGUCCUUUAUUCUCAAGGCAAAGUCUAAGAAGGGCGUCUGUAUUCUCAGAUUUAAUGACAAUAUUUCGACGAAGCACAUCCGGUAGUUCCGUUCGUCGCAAAAAGGCCAAUCAUGCAAGAACACCCCCAAUUGAAGAUUUAAAAAAUGAAUCGAAUCAAGAAACCGAGGCGUUUUUGGAUGCAGACGCUUCAGCAGCAGCAGCAACAACAGGGGCGAAUGAAGAGGAGGAAGAAGGAAAGCCUAUGACAAGACAAGUUUUAUUGGAUAAGAUACGUCAGAAGAAGGAAGUGAUCGGAAAAUUAAGAUGUCAAGCUUGGUCGAUGAAUCGCAAACGGCGAACAUUGAAAUUGGCACAGAAAUAUUUGGAGCAACACGAGUCGAAAGUUUCAAAAACGCAUUUAUAUAAAGAGGAAUUCAAAAAACGAUGGCACGCAACCUGUCGAUGGGCUGAUAACAUUCGUAUUUACUUGAUUCCAUGGGAGGCGAAAAUCAAGCGCAUUGAAACAAUGAUGAUGUGUCACAAAUUGUCAAAGAACAUUAAAGGUCAUUUUGGUUCUGUGGUCUCUUCAUAUUUCACGUUCCUUCGGUGGGUCGUUUAUGUAAAUUUGAUAAUAACACUGAUUAUUAUAUCAUUCAUCGUCAUUCCUGAGGUAAUAAAUCCUUUUAAUUUCAUUUUUCUCUCUUCAUCUCAGUAUCAAAGCGAUCACACUUCUCUAAUGGUCAUUGUCGUAAGCUAA